GUGUUAUGUACACACAUGGAGCGACAAUUUAGGGGAUUCACUCCCGCAUUUAAAUGCGGUUGUCACUCCCAAUUUUUAAUAGAGGACUGGAGCUAUGACUCCGUGUACCUGGAUGACGAGGCCCAGAGAGUUGAGUAUGUGCUGAAUGACGUGGGCAAAAUCUACUAUGGAACUAGAUGUCAGAUCGGUUGCAGAACCUGGAACUUUGGUCAAUUUGAUGAGGGAAUCUUGGCUGCGUGUUUGUUCGUGUUGGAGAAGAGCGGUGGACCUUGCACUGGAUGGAGCGACCCCGUUAACGUGGCCAGAGUGGUAUCUGCUAUGAUUAACGCCAACGAUGACUGUGGUGUGUUGGUGGGUAACUGGUCUAACUGCUAUGGAGAUGGAACUUCUCCCACAUCCUGGUGCGGCAGCAGUGCCAUCCUGAAACAGUACCACAGAUGUGGAGGAGUACCUGUCAAAUAUGGACAGAGCUUGGCCUUUGCUGGAGUCACCAACACACUGUUGAGAUGUUUGGGCAUUCCCGCUCGUCCCGUCACAAACUUCUGCUCUGCUCACGACACUGAUGUGUCUAUGACAGUAGAUAUUUAUCUUGAUGAGAACUAUGAUCUGAUCGAUCACCUGAACCGUGAUUCAAUCUGGAACUACCAUGUGUGGAAUGAGGCCUGGAUGGCUCGUCCUGACCUCCCAUGUGGUUUUGGAGGUUGGCAGGUGGUUGAUUCCACUCCUCAGGAGACCAGCCAGGGCAUCUUCCGCUGUGGCCCCACCUCUGUUGCUGCCAUCCGCAGCGGGCAGGUCUUCCUCAAAUAUGACACUCCCUUCGUUUUUGCUGAGGUGAACAGUGACGUAGUCUUCUGGCAGAGGACAGCAUGUGGAACCUUCGGUGCUGUCUAUGUUGACAAGAACGCAGUAGGUCACUGCAUCAGCACCAAGGCUGUCGGCUCAGACAAGCGUGUGGAUAUCACAAACUGCUACAAACACCCAGAAGGUUCAGAGGAGGAGCGUCGUGCUGUGGAGACAGCCCUUCGUCACGGCUCCAGGAGAUGCACAUACCCACUGCCCUGCGCUGAGGAUGUUGUCUGUGAUGUCACCAUGAAGGGUGAUGGACUGUGUGUGGGCAAGGAAGCCGUGCUCUGCAUCGCUUUGAAGAACAAAUGCAACUCACCACGUAGCGUCACCCUCCACAGCCAGGUGUCGGCCACCUACUACACCGGAGUCCACAAGGCCUUGGUGAAGAAGGACCAGACGUGCUUUGAGCUCAAGGCCUCUGAAUCCAAGGUUCUGGAGUGGGCUCUGCGAUAUGAGGAUUACAAGAAUCACCUUGUGGAUCAUUCAACAAUGAUGCUCACUGUUGCUGGACAGGUCACUCAGACUAAGCAGGUUGUGGCCAAACGCUUCAACUUCAGGAUGUGCACACCAGAUCUGGUUAUUACUCCUGGAUGUGACUGUGUGGUGGGCAAAGAAGUGCCGAUCAAGAUCGCAUUCCAGAACCCACUGCCCUGCGUUCUGAAGAACGCCAUAUUCCGCAUCGAGGGACUGGGACUGAAGCACUGCAGAUCCAUUAACUAUGGUGACAUUGCAGGCCUGGCCACGGUGAACCUGACCGAGACCUUUAUUCCCAAGUGUCAUGGCCCUUACAAAAUUCUGGCAUCUCUUGAUUGUCCUCAGCUCACUCAGGUUCAUGGAUUCACCAACGUUGUGGUCAAAGAACACUGAAAAGGCACUCUAAUAAUUGGAGGACCGGAAAGAUUUCAGCAUGCUUUUCACAUAGAUUGAUUUGCAGAGUUAAAAAAAAUGCUCUUAUAGUUAUGUAAUCUUUAGUGAAGGGUAAAGCAAAGGGUGCAUUUAAUCUUGGGAUCUUUAGAGGAUUUGUAGGAGGUACAUUUUGGAAUAUGUGAUAUUUGUAGUUUCAGAUUGCAAAUAUUCAGUCAUUCUAAUCAAUUGCUUCCUUUUGUUAUGUAACCUAAACAACUGACAAUUUGUGGUUGUGUUCUAUGAUUUAUUUUCUUCUUUUAGCUGCACUGAUAAUCUGUCCUCCAUGUCGCCUCAAUAAAAGUCAUUUACUUGCA